AUGGACGUUAAUAAAAGCACUGAAAAUUCUCCUCUCAAUUCAAAGUGAGUAAAUGUGUUAAAAUUAAAACAAUAAUAAUAUUGAAAUGUAAAAAAUUACUCAAUUUAUUUAUUUUCACCCACCCACCUAAUUUUUUAUACUUUUAGAUCAAUUAAAGAAGAAAAGUUUGAUAACAUGACACCUUACAAUUCUUAUGACGAAGACAAAUCACUGCAAAUAGUGUGAGUUAUAUGUAAUUUAAUAUUUCACUGUCCGUGUAUUUUUUAAUUUAAAUUGUUUAAUCUUAUUUUUUAUAUAAUAAACUUUUGUUUUUUUUUCCAUAAAGACCUUAAGUUUAAAAAUGUCCUAAGUUUUUGGUAAGGUUGUUUUUAUUCUGACAUAUGAGUAGCCAAACCAUAAUUUUUAAAUUUUCCAAAAUAUUGUAUAAUGUAAUAUUAUAUUCUAUAAUAAUAAAAAAAAACUUUGAAGUUACAGGACAAUUUACAAAAAUAAUGAUUUUAUUAUCGUUUCACCAAAAAUAUUUGUAGAGCCUUAAUAUUUGGACUAAUAACUUAUAUUUGCCUUUUUAGAUAUGAUCAAAUUUUAAAAAAUUCGAAAAAGUUUUGAACUAUUUAUAGAUAUUUUAAUUUUACAAGUAAUUUAUGUAAUUUUUAUUUGAUGUCUACUUUGUGGAUACCAUAGUUAAACUAAACUGAAAUAUUUGACAAUUUAACAUCAGGUACAUAAUAAGUUGUACUCAGUGGUAUAAAAAAAAAAUUUCAAGUUUAAUGUGUUAGUGUUUUCUUUUUCAUAAGUGUUUUAAGAUUAAACUUUAACUGAAAUUAUAAUUAUUACGGUCUUUCAAACGUGUUUAACCAAAUUUCAUUCAAAAUUGUUUUUCGUAAGCAAUAGUUUAUCAUUACGUACAGAUAUAAAUUGUAUUCUCGUACAUUUCCUUCCUUACCAAAUUCUCACUUUUACAGUGACUCACCCGCUAUACAAAGAAUGUCUGUCUUUUUUUAUUCUAAGUGGAGCAAAGAAGACAUAUUUUUUGUUUGAUUGUACCUUUCUACACAAUUUUACAGUUACAUAAUUUUUCUUUUUGUUUUUGUUGUUAUCAGUUUUCUUAUUAUUUAAAUAUAAUCAAAAAUUAGAACACAUUCAUUCUACAAAUGUACUAUUACAAAGAGCUUAUAGGACUAUAUAAAUCAUUUAUUCACUUUUAUACUUUUAAAUUUAAACAUUUUCUAAUAGAUUUAUUGGUUUAUUUCUUCCACUUUCAGAUCAAUUAAAGAAGAAAUGGUGGAUGGUGAAACAUCUUAUAAUCCUUAUUGUAAAGAUAAAUCAAAGCAAUUAGGGUGAGUAUUAUUUAAUUUAGUGUCUUACUGUCAUUUUUUUUUAGUACAUUUCUAAUUUUAGAGCAUAGAGGAUCUACAUAGGGAUCUACUAGUUUCACUAAGCGUUUGUUUUUGUUAUUUAAAAAGAAAUGAAAUUUUGAUAGAAAAAACUUAUGUUGGCCGUUUCUAGUGUUUGUAAGAUUUUUACAUAAUUCUUAUUUAGUUGUUACUAAGUUGAUAUAAUCGUGUGACCAAACUGAAAUGAUUUAAAUGUUUACACGAGGUUCAUUUUAAGUUGUACCUAGUGAUAAUAAAAAAAAUCAAACUAAAAAACACAAUUACCACUGAAAGGUAUUAAAUUGAAUUUAUAGUAUUACAUUGACUUAACAAUUACUAUAAACACAAAAGAUAACUUGUCCGGAUUUCAUUAACGUUCGUACACCGGAAAUAGAUAAAUGAAUAAAUUAAAUAAAAUGGAUAAUGAAGAAUUUAUAUAAUAUAUUCAAAAGUUUCUUUCUUCAUGCGUAAAUAACCAUGGAACAGUAUGUGGUCAUUAUAUAAGUCUUCCAUAAUAUGAUGAAAUUCACCGAAUACAUUUCCCGUACCCAUUCGGUUCUACGAUAAUGACGACGACGCAGCCGUCUCCGGAUUAGAAGAGAAUUAUCUUGAAGGUACAGAUUAUUCAUUGCGUUCUAACAAUAAGGUUCUAAUACUNACCAGUAUUCGUACGUUUUCGUACCAAACAAAUUCGUAUACAAUGUGUACUAUAAACACAAAAGAUAACGGACCACAUAGAUAACAUAAAACAUCCUUUAAAUCGGUUGAAUAAUCAAAAACAAAAAGUUACAAAUUUGUUACAUUUCUAUGUAAACAUUUUUCAUGCUCAUUAUACGCAAAUUCUUAAGUUCUUCUUAAGAUAAUUAAAUUAAGAAUUUCAAAUAAUGUACUCAGUUUUUCAAAAUAUCAAGUUUUUAGACCAAUAUGAUAUAAUAGUAGAAUUAUUAAAUCUUUCAUAAUUAAAGUCACUCCCGUGUAGUUUUUUUAAUAAUAAGUUAUAUGUACUCAAGUUAUAUUUAGAAGAAAUUUUAUUGUAUUGUAUCGUACAAUCUUCGUAUUUGUUUUUAAUGAUAUUAUUCAUUAUUUUUUUCAGAUUUACACUCAACUCUAAACAAGAAGAUGAAAAAAUAAAUAUUCAUAUUAAAAAAGAAGUUGACAUCAUUGAUGAUUUAAUUUAUGAGAGUGAGAUUGUUAUUGAAACUGAUCCAAUGGAAUCUAUUUUGUAUCAAGAAUCACAAUUUGAAGACAAAUGUUUUGAAUGUUCCUACUGUAGUGAAUUGUUUUAUUCAAAAUCAAAUUUAAAAUGUCAUAUAAAAAGUCACAAGGAAGUUCAUAGUGAUGUAAGACUUUACAUAUGUGACGUCUGUGAGGAGACAUUUUCUUUAAAACAAAAUUUAGACAGGCAUAAAAAAAUUCAUAAGGUUGAAAACCCUUACGAAUAUGGAGAGUGUAAAAAAACUUUCGCUCGAUUAAGUACAUUUAAAGAACAUAAUACUGGAGAAAAGUUAAAUACAUGUAAUGUUUGUAAGAAGUCGUUUGCUCGAAAACAUAAUUUAACGAUUCAUGUAAGAACUCAUACAGGAGAAAAACCUUAUGAAUGUGGAGAGUGUAUAAAAACUUUUGCUCAAUUAAACCAUUUAAAUAACCAUAAGCAAAUUCAUACGGGUGAAAAGACUUAUGAAUGUAAUGUAUGUAAGAAGUUAUUUGCUCGAAAAGGUUACUUAAAGACUCAUAAAAAAACUCAUACGGGUGAAAAGCCUUACGAAUGUGAAGAGUGUAAAACAACAUUUGCGCAAUUAAACAAUUUAAAAGACCAUAAGAAAAUCCACACUGGAGAAAAGUCUUAUAAAUGUAGUGUAUGUAAGAAGUCAUUUGCUCGAAAUAGCACUUUAAAGAUUCAUGAAAGAAUUCAUACUAAUAAAAAACCUUACAGUUGUGAAAAGUGUAAUAAAACAUUUACUCAGUUAUCUACUUUAAAAACCCAUUUAGUAACUCAUAUUGGAAAGCCUUAUAAAUGUGAAAUUUGUAAGAAAAUUUUGACUACUAAAAAAACUUUAAAGAUUCAUGAAAGAAUUCAUACAGGAGAAAAACCUUAUAAAUGUAAUUUGUGUGACAAGGCAUUUUCUCAGUCAUCAUCUUUAACAUACCAUUUAAAAACACAUGUGUAA